AUGACCACGCCAGCGCCCGAGAUCCCCCUCGGCGCACGUGUAGCAGUCCAAGCCGGCUCCGGCUACACGCCUCUGAUAGCUGACCCCAGUGACACGCCGACGGGUAAGAACAACGGCUCCGUGCAAGGCGAGGUGUACUUUGAAUGCCGGGCGAACUACGGCGUCUUCGUCCGUCCCAGCCAGGUCAAGGUGAUCAACCCGAACCCGCCAAAGACGCGGCCGGGGACGCUCGCGAAGGCGGGAUCGGGGUCAAGCGCGAGUAGAAUGAGCAGUGGUACGGCGUCGCGCAGCUCGACCCCGGGAAGUAAGCCAGCUGCCUCGACGCCUACGAGAGCCACACCUACACGAACGGCGCCGCGGCAAUCCGUCAUCGCUCCCACACCACCGAGGACAGGCAGCGCAGCCAGCGCGAGCAGCACGACGGGUGCUGCUAAGCGCACUGUUGCGGCUGGCGGCAUUGCACGACCGAGAGCGAGCAUCUCUGGCCCUUCUAUUCGGCCACCAGGCGCGGCCGGUGCAGCGUCUAGGAGACAGUCCACCAUCGGCGCCGCCGGGUCGGGAUUAGCUGCGCCCACGGCCGGAGACAGGAGUCGACGCACCUCGGUGUCAGACCCGACAAGACGCCAGUCGGUCGCGUCGACGACACCCUCCAGCGGCGCCGCGACACCAGCGAGCGGACUUGCGCAACCAUCGCCUCGCAACCCGGCCCUUGGUCUGCCUUCCCCGCAGCCCCGCGCUCAGAAUCUGUCUCCACGCCCGCCCUCGGCACGCUCGGCGAGUAGUAUUCCGUCGCCCGUUCACAAGGGCUCUACCAGCCUCCCUGCUCCCAUCGCGCAUCGCCCGCCGAUCGCGCGCCAGAACUCGAGCGAGGCUAUGCCUCCGCCACCAUUGCCUGCUCAGGUAGCUCCGGUGCCCGUGCACGCCGACGGCGGACCACCAUCAUUGAGCCACCUCACCGCGCCCCUCCCGAUCGUGCAGUCUCCCGCACAGUCCCCGACUGUCGAGGAGUAUGACCUCGCAUCGCCGCCACCGGAACCGGAGCCUUCCCCGCCGGCGCCCAGGUCUAUCCCUGCGUCACCUAACGCUACGACAUCGCCGCUUCUCUCCCCGCGUCAAGCGCGGAAACUGUCCGUGCGCUCGUCGAGCCCCGAUCGUGAGGCUGCUGCUGCUGUCUUUGCCCAGAAACGCGAGCUCGAGGAGCUUCGCAUCAAGGUGCGCCUGCUCGAGACGCGCCGCCACGAGGACCAGGAGCGAAUCAACCAUCUCGAGAAGGUGUCCAACGACGCUGACCAGCUGCAUGCUAUCCGCGCCAAGCUGCAGAGUAAGUUCACACGCGCGGACCUGAAACUGACAACAGCCAAAUUCCAGGAACAACAGCAGGCGCUCGGUAACGCCCAGCGACAGGCUCGCGACCUGCAGUCUGAGAACGCACACAUGGAGACCAAGGUGGCCGAAUUUGUCGACCAGCUUGAGAUGGCCACGCUCGACCGCGAGGUCGCCGAGGAGAAGGCCGAGGCUGCCGAGGCUGAGGUCAGCCGCCUGAACGAGAAGGUGCAGGAGCUCGAGUUAGAGGUUGCUGUGCUGAAGGAGGAAAACGCCGAGUACGAGCGUCCGAUCGAGGGACUCGAGGGCGAGCGGACAUCACUCGCGUUCGUCCAGCUUGAGAACCACAACCAGCGCCUGAAGGAGGCUCUCAUCCGUCUCCGCGACCUGUCGCAGGACACCGAGCGCGAGCACAAGACCAAGAUCACGGAGCUCGAGAAGGAGCUCGGCGCUCAGCAGGACGUGUCUGCCCAGCUGGAGCUCGCUGAGGCCAAGCUCGCCAAUUCGGAGGCGCAGGUUGAGGACCUGAAGCAGCAGCUCGAUGACGCUCUCGGCGCUGAGGACUUGCUCGAGGAGCUUACGGAGCGCAACCUUCAAAUGUCUGAGAAGAUUGAGGAGAUGCGCUCGACGAUCGAAGACCUCGAGGCACUCAAGGAACUGAGCGACGAGCUCGAGGAGAACCACGUUGAGACAGAGAAGCAGCUCGAGGAGGAGAUCACGCUGCUCACGACCAAGCUCCGCGAGGAGGUGCAGCGUGCUGUCGACCUCGAGGCUGUCGUCGUCGACAUGGAGAACACGAUCAACCAGUUCCGCGAGCUCGUUGCCAACCUCCAGAGCGAGAUCGACACCCUGCGCGUCCAGCAGGCGACGCAGGAGUACGAGUCCGCCACGGCCAGCAAGGCAUCGCAGGACCUGCUGAAUCUCAACAUGAAGCUCCAGUCGAGUGCUGCGAAGACGCUGCGCAAGACGGUCGAUCUCGAGCUGAAGAAGCUCGAGGCUGCCCAGCUUACCGAGCACCUGCGCAUCGUCCAGACCUACCUCCCCGACGAGUACCUCGACACCGAGGUCGACUCGACGACCGCCCUCCUCUUCUUCCACCGUGUCGCGUCCAAGGUUGAAAUGCUUGCCAACGUCAUCUCGAACGUUCACGGACUGCCCGGCGCCCUCCACUCUGUCCAGUCCGAGGCACUCGUGGGCAUCUGCGAGCUGCGUGGCAAGCUCCGUGCCUUCGCCAUCCUCAACCGCCGAUUCGCCAGCGUCAUGCGCCGUGCUUCCCCCGAGGACUACGGAGAGCUCGGUCGUGUCGUCUCUGAGCUGUCUGGCGUCGAGCCUCGCGUCGACGGCUGGAUUGCCAUGGCGAAGGCUGACGAGUUCAACGAGGGCGACUGUGCCCGCGAACUCGACGCUCUCAUUAGUCAGUUCCGCCACCUGGCCGAGGUAAUGUUCGAUCGUGGCACGCGCGACGCUGGCGAGCGCCAGCUCGCCCUCGCGUACAGCUUUGAGGACGACCUGGACAACUUCGCCGCUGCUGUUGGCUUUGUUCGCGCCGCUAUCAAGAGCCUCGUCGCUGAUGGAGACGUGGAUGUGGACACUGGCGAGUCGACACUCGAGGAGGCGCUGUACGAGCCUGUGCAGUCGAUCCUCAACCAGGUCCGCGCCGUCAAGGCGCCGGCUGGCAAGCUCGUCGCCAUUGUCGAGGACAUUGUCGCCAACAAAUCGUCCCUUGUUCCUGAAUUUACUGCUGCGCUCGGCGACCAGGUUGUGUCUGUCUCUAACGCAGUCGACAUUGCCGUUCAGCUCGCUCAGCGCAUCGGUGCCCACGUCACGGCCACCCGCUCAAGCAAAGAGCCUCUCAAGCUGGCUGACAUCGAGAAGUUCUGCGCCUCCGUCGUGGCGGAGAACGUUGGUGCUUCGGACCUCUCUCCCUGGGAAGUCAUCGGAUCCUUCGUCACUCGCCUCGGCACCGACCUUGGAGACAUGCUGCCCAAGUUCCGCAACGCCGCCAAGGCUGGCCAGACCAUCUCGCUUGACGUCGAGGCGCCCUGGCUCGCACGUGUCCAGGCUAUCAAGGAGGCUGCUUCCCACAAUGCCGAGGCUGAGCGCAAGCUCUCCAGGCUUCAGGAGGACCUCAAAGACACGUUACGCGAGGUCAAGCUCCGCGAACAGUCCCUCGAGGAGUCUGGUAUCAAGAUUGAGACGCUCGAGCGCCGCCUAGAGGCAAGCAAGCGCCAGUCCGACCAGAUUGCCGAGCUCGAGGAGGACCUGCAGAAGGCACGCAAGCAGGAGAAGAUGUACGAGGAGGCUCUGGAGCAGCUCCAGACCGAACAGGACCACCUCGAGGCGGAGAACGCUCGCCUCAGAAAGCACGGCGUGCCCGAGAAGGACGGCGAAAAGGGCGAGACUGUCAAGGCGGUCGAGGCGCGGGGCAUGAUCGAGCAGAUCGAGGCGCUGCGCAGCGCAAUUCGCUUCCUGCGCAACGAAAACAGCCUGCUCAAGUCCAAGGACCUGUACGAGGAUGUGCGCAUGCUUCCUCCGCUGCGCAGUCUGCCGGACGUGCCUGCUGUUCCAGAACUCGUCGAGGACGGUGGCAGCGAUGUCGAGUCCGAGGGUCCCGUCACGCCCAAGCCCCGGACACCGAAGACGCCCAAGUCGCCCCUCGUCAAGAACGCCAACACGCGCCAGGCGCUCGACACCGAGACCAAGCUCCUGUACCGCGAGCUCGCCAAGUUCUCUGCCGCCCCGCGCAUCGUCGACCUCUCCGGGUUCGACGGCAAGGGCCCCGCGUGGCGCAGCCGGAAGAAUAGCCCGGAGGCACAGGCGUGGCGCUGGACGAUGGAGCGGGUGGGACUGGAGAAGAAGGUUGAGGACCUCGCGGGGCGCGUCAAGGCGCUGCGGCGGCAAUGA